UCAUUUCGCGGAAGUCCCCCUUUCAUUGCGUCACACGAAAUGUGAAAACAAAAUAAUUAUUCAAAUAGUUGAGCGUGUAAAUUCAGUGACACGACGCAUUUAUUCUUCAAAUACUAAAUAUGUCUUCGUUUGUAAAUCACAGAAACGAGGCGUCGGUGAGCGUUGACCAGACGAGCUCUAAAGAAACUGUUACUUACUACAGAAUAACAGUUAAAGUUGGCCCUGUGCACUGGAACGUGUUGCAUCGCUACAAUGACUUUGUAGAGCUCCACGACAAGCUCGUCUCGAACCAUGGAGUGGCCAAGGAGUUAUUGCCCCCAAAGAAAGUUAUACGGAAUAAAACACCAAAGUUUGUAGAACAAAGAAGGGAGGCGUUGGACGUGUACUUGAAGAAUGUUUUCAACUAUCUGAAGCUGUCCAUGCCGUACGAAUUCGCCCACUUUCUGAACAUGCAUUUGUAUGAUAUAUUUUUCCUACUGCAGGAUUUGGCGAAGACUUUGUUUUUAGAAGGAGACAAGUUGUUAGAGAAUGAGAAGUCACAUAAAUUCACUCCAAUGGAGUUGCAUGCAAUAAGUGAGCGUUUAAAAAUGGCCUGCCCACCAACCGAGAAACAGGACCAGAUGUAUGACUUCAGCCACAUCCUGGACUACUGCUCGCAGCUCCGGGCCCUGAACAUCGAAGGCAGCUACGAGAAACUUGGCUCCAGCACCAUAGUCCCUAAUGAGCUGCAGUUUGACUUGAUACCAUUCAAGUCUCUGCAGGAAUUAACAAUACUUGGAGUUCCUAUGGGAUGUAUUCAGAGUGUUGGUUCUCUUCGGGACACUCUAAUCAGCCUGUCAGUGCUAGUAGCAAGCGUGGUGUCCAUGAAUGAGUUCCUGCUAGUGGACAUACUACAUAAAGACCCCUCCAGCAUAGCUGACACUGUGAAAUGGAAGAAGCUGUCAGUAGUGAACUUCGCAAGCAACAACAUAAAGGACAUGGACUGGGCGAUCAAACUCGUCCCAAAACUGCAGCAUCUCAGUUUAUCCUCCAACAAGCUCUCCGAGCUGUGCGACGUAUCCUGCCUCCACGAGCUCAGGGUCCUCAACCUAUCCAUGAACAACUUCCAACUCUGCGAGAGCUGGCACUCCAAAAUAGGUAACGUAGUCAAAUUAGAUCUCUCACAGAACAAAGUGGAAUCACUUCAAGGAUUCUCGAGGCUGUACUCCUUGGAAAGCUUGGAUUUAAGCUGUAACUGCGUCACAGAUGUCGAAGAGGUUCAGCAUAUCUGUAAACUACCGGUUUUAGAAUAUCUAUGGCUCACCGCAAACCCUGUAGCUUCAACAGUAGAUUAUAGAGUUAAAGUUUUGGAGCAGUUUAAUGCGAGGAUGGAGGAGAUAUGUUUAGAUAAUGAAAGGGCGUCAGGUAAAGAGCUGGAUACAGCCAGGGUGCUGCAGGCCUUGAGGGUAGUGAAAGAGGGCAAGACUCCUAGCUUUCUGCAAAAUAAUAACACUACCCAUUGUUUUAAUAGGAGUUGACAGUUAGGUUUGUAAAUAUAAGAAUUUGAUGUG